AUGGGAAGACGAGUAGCUAAACACGUAAUGAGAAAUAAGAAAAAGUAUUGGAAAAAAAUUCCCGUUGACGAUAUAGAGGACUAUUUAGAAGAUGUGCGUAUACAAGAAAUUACUGGCGGCAUUCGUUCGGAACAACCUGAUCAGUUUCUAUAUCAUAUUGAUACUGAAAGACCAUUAGGAUCUGAUUUAAUUCCUCAAUCGACAGUAAUACCAUCUUCGACAAAAAGACGUGCACUAGAUUUAAGUAAUUUGAAUUCCUAUAAAUUAUUGAAACCACAUAGUAAUGUAGCACCACCAUCAAAAGAUUCUUAUCAAAUGAAAAAUCCAGCAUCAAAAAAGACAAAGCGAUUGGUGGAAAAUCUUAAACUUUCAAAUGAAAGAAAAAUGAGAACAAAAAAAUAUCGACAGGCUCAGAAACAACGUUUAGAAGCCAGUGAAGAGCAAGCAUUGGCGAAAGCUGAAGCUAUUGCCACAGAUGAUCCACAUGUAACUACACAGUACGAUAUUUGGGAAGCAAAAGAUUUAAAAAAAGAAACAACAAAAGCUUUAGUUGGAGAAAAUAUGGCCAAUUUCAUCGAUCAAGUAACGAAAACAUAUGACUGGAAGGUACCCGAACAUCAUACUAAGAAACCAUCAGCAAUCCCAGCUGUUAAUUUACCUGAACCAGGAGCAUCUUAUAAUCCGUCGUACGAUGAACAUCAAGAACUAUUGCAAAAAGCACUGACAAUUGAAAUUAUAAAAGAGAAAAAAGAGAAAAAACUUCAUAAUCAAAUGGCAGCAAAGUUUCCAGAAAGUGCCGUAGCACCAACAAGAGAAACAUGGUUGAAGGAAAUGUCAUCCGGUUUAUUUGAUGAAAAUUGGGACGAUAUUGAGGAUAAGAGUGAAGUAAUAGCAACUAAGUCUGUUAGUGUAGGAAAACCAAUUAUUGAUGAAACAAAAACAAAGAAACAACGUCGAAAAGAAAGAGAACGAAAAGGAGAAGAGUUAAAACGAAAAACAGAGAAAGAAAAAAACAUUCGUGAACAUUCAUUAUUCAGGUUAAAAAAUAUCAAAAAAGAAAUUGAUGAAAGUGAGAAACAAUUUUUGGCAAAAAAAUUAGAGCGAAAAAAUCAGAAAACAUUGGACUUAAAAUUUAAUACAAAACGUUUUGGUCCAUAUAAAUAUGAAGAAGCUGAUAUCGAUUUCAAUUUGUCAGAUGAGAUAAAUGGAAGUUUGAGAAAUUUAAAAGCGGAAGGUAAUUUGUUACAUGAUCGUUUUAAAAGUUUGCAAAAACGAAAUAUCAUUGAAUCAAGAGUUCGUGCCAAACAAACAAAGCAAAAACUGAAGCAUAAACUUAUCAUGAAUACUGUUCAAACAGCAGUACUUACAACCGGUUGCAAAAAAUUUUCAUUAAAGUAUCUUUCCUGUUAUUUCAUUAUAAAUCGCUAUAAACAUCGAUUAAAUCAUCCUGGUGUACAUAUUGAACAUGGUAUUCAAUAUCCUACUCCACUUAAAUUACCGGAUGAAUAUUCAGAUCGACCACUCUACCCUCCAAUAAAGCCCAAAUAUCCUCCUGGAUCAUGGGGUACAAUGGAUCCAAAAAAGGCAUGGAUGCAUUAUGAGUGGGGAGAGAAACAUUAUAAAUGUUUAAAAAGUGUCAAAGAACGUUUAACAGUGAUGGCGUAUAUGAAUAUGAAAUGUCAAUUCGAUAAACUUGACGUUGAACAAAUCGAUUCAAAAUUAAUAUGGAUGUUAACUGGACGUUCCAUAGCAGCACGUAGUCUACCAUUUUAUAAACACAUUACACGUACACAUGUAACUAAUGAAUUGCCAAAAUUCUAUGAGAAUUAUGAUGUUGAAAAUUUAUUGAAUUUUAUUAAACCAAUAUUAAUUGAACGUAUAUUAAGUGAAGAAUUAUAUCAAAAACCAUAUACGCCUAUUGAGCAGAUAUAUGAUUCGGGUGCCUACGUUGUACAAAGUAUAGCUGAAGAAGAACAAUUGAAAAAAGAUGAAGAGAAAACCAGAAAAGUUUUAUCAAAAAUAAUACGAACAGUUGUUAAUGUAUUGGCUGAAGAUAAACCAUAUUUGAGACAAGCAUUGAUUGGUUCCGAUGUGCCGAUUGAAGCUUGGUGGAGUCAGUCGUUGAAUGGAGAAGUUUAUGGAAAGGCCAAAUGGCAUUAUGAUCAAAAUACAACAAGUUUUCAGUUUCGUGAUAAAGCUGCUAUACAAGUUAAAACUGAUAAACCAUUGAGAAGUAUUGUUGAUCCAGAUAGUAGUUUAUGUCAGACACCAAUCCCAAAUUGUAUAUACCAUCCUCCAGCAUUCAAAGUAUUUACCGAUCGCUAUUUACCAUCGCAAAUUCCAGGACAUUGGCAUGGCGAAGGACAUGAUUUUAAUUUAUUAACAAUCUAUAGUAUGGAUUCGAUUUAUAAACAUGACAGUUAUUUUGGUGAAGAUGAAAUAUUAACUAGCCUGAUGUCUUGGAUUGUUAAUGCAAGUCAUGCUGAAUUAUUAGCACAAGCAUAUUAUCUUGGAUUUUCUAUGUGGCGUGAGCCUACAUAUCCAUUAAUCGCUCAGACAAUUUUGACUAAUCGUCGUCAAUGGAUAUUUGGUGUUUAUCAAUUAAAUACUACUAGUCAUUAUAAGGAUCUCGAUGCCCAGACAACAUCAAACGUUUGCUGGGUAUCUCCUCUAAUGAAUCUCUAUGAUCGAAUUGAAAAUGGUCAAUUGAUUAAUUUUAAUGAUGAUGUUUUACGUCAAUUAUUACGAUGUAUCUUAAAUGAACCGAUUAUGAAUCCUGAAUGGAAUUUACGACCUUAUGUUGAAGAUAUAUCAAAUUUAGAUGAUCGUUAUCAAAAAUUUAUUCGUAAUAUGUAUGAGUUAGUUAAAUUAGAAAAACAAGAUAAUCGUCUACAUCAUCGAUGGGCUAAAUUAACACGUGAUACAAGUACGUUUCAUCAUCGUUAUGGAAUGAUGACAACAUUAUUUAAAGAUAUUGUAUGGGAUAAUUAUCCGAGAGAGUGGUAUGGCAGAAUAUUGGAGCGUAUUGAAAGAAAAAUUACGCGACCGACAUUCAAAGAUUACGAUUUAUUGACACCAAUUACCGUUUAG